UUUCCCAUGGUAGCCAUAGUUUACGUGAGAAGCUAGGAAAGUUUUUAGGAAAGUUUGUAGAAAGCGUUUCUGCAUUUCAGCUUCAUCAUGUGAAACCAAGCUUCAAAGAGGAAUUUCAUCCAAAGGAGUGAUACGAGAUGUCCAUGAGAAACGAGCAAUCUCACCGCUCAAGCUCAGAGGGUAAGCUUCCUCGCCUUCCACCAAUUGCAGCUCCAACUUCACCCAGCUCAAGGUUUGACAAAAGUCAUCUAAGAACACACAGAAGGAGUGAAAACAUGCAAGGGCUCUUGACAAAUAAAUUGUAUGAAAUAGCCUUAAAAGGCAAAGAAGAUACGGAGGAAAGUCUGAAGAGAAGACCCAUAUCGGCUGGGGAACCUGAAAUGCCUUCUCAAAUGAUGAGCACUGAACGGCGAAUACGACUAAACUACCAAUUCAUGAAGAAGUGUGUUCAGGAAGGCCCUGUGACACCAAUGGCUAAUGAGUGGUGGGAUACCAUCUUAACUAUGAUUCCAGCAAAAUUGGUCUUAUCUCCACAACUGCAGCCACACAUCAAGGAGUUAUACGAUGAAAUCAUUGCUGAGUAUGACACCAGUAUCAGAAAGGCAAUGGUUCAACAUAUCCUUGUUAAACCAAAGGUAAAAGGAGUUGAAGGUGAUGAAGAUUUACCAGAUGAAGUCCUUGGAAUUGACUAUUCCAGUCCAUGGAGAGAGAGCUUUAAUGCUGCACGAGAAUCAAUUCGGCAAAAUCUGCACAUAUUGCACCCAUCAAUGCAGACAAUUCUGGGAAUCUGUCAAAGCAAGAAUUACUCAACCAUGUUGAUAACUGAUCAGUCCAAUCUGAGAACUCAAGGCUCUAUUGAAUGUGAGCACCUUAAAAAUAAUGUAACACUUGAUUGCGAGAAGACUGAAGAAAAGCUUAUGCACAGUUGGUUCCCAGAAGUGGUGAAUGUUUUUAUUGACAAAGAUAUGCUGAAGCACAUGAGCUCUUCACAAGUUGAUGCCUUUUACAACUGUGUCUCUACACUUAUUUCUAACCAGUUGAAGGAUCUGAUAAACAGAACCAUAACUGCAUGGACAGAUCUGUUUCACAAAGACAAAAGUUGCCUUCCACUUUUCAAGAUGGAAUUGAUCUUGGAUGAUGAUGACCACAUGCAAUUCUAUCCUGCACUUGGUGAUGUGGAGGCAGCAGUAUUACAUGUUAUAUCCACAGUUGCUGGAACCAUGCAACAUGUUCCCACAGUACAGUCCUGGUUGGCAGGGGGAAACACAGUAACUCAUGUGGAUGCUGCUGUUGAUAAUGAUGUUCUGUUGAGGUGCACUAAGUUCCUAAAGGAUGCUGUGAACUUUAACUUACAGCAACCUAUAGAGUACCUGCAUUCCUUUGAUAAGUAUAGUGCUCUGGUCAGUGGGGAAUCCUCAGCUCGUGUCAAGCAGUUCAUUUCAUCUGAAAACUCCUUUGAAAAUUACAUACAGGAAAUUGAGAAGUUUCGUUCCCUUGCUCGGGAAAUAAGUUCACUUCCAACUGUGGCACAUUUUGACAUGGUUCAAUUAGACUGCGAUGAUUUGAAGAGAGGCCUGGCUACCAAAGCUAAUCGUUUUGCAGAUCAACUGCUUCAAAUGCUGGCUGAAGAACACCGCACAGAAAACAGAAGAAUCAUCUCAGAAUUUGAAUCAGUAAGAGAACAAGCUCUUACAAAACCUGAGGACACUCGUGAGAUGAUUGACAUGCUGAAGUUUGUUGAGGAAGCUAAGACAAAGAUCCUUGUCAAACUUGACAGUGACAUCAAGGAGUCAUUCAAUCGACUGUCUUAUCUUUUGGAUGUUUUUACAUUCACACAAGAAGACAUGAGCCUCAACUCGGAAGUCCUUAACUGGCCAAAAAAUAUUGCGCCUAUCUUUGAUCAGAAUGAUGAGAUUAUGGUUGCUGCUCAGAAGAGUAAUGAAAGUGCUUUGAUGGAGAAAAGGGAGAGGGUUAUGUUGGAGCUUGAUAAAAUCAAGAGGCGUGUUGAAGAGUUUAAAGAGUAUGGUGAUAUGGACACAAUGAUGCAGUAUGUAAAAGAGGUCCAGUCAGUUCAGAAGAAACUUAGUGAGUGUGUGGAUGCUAUUGGUUUCAUCAAUGAGGAAGAGGAUUUAUUUAAAUGGGAGCAAACAUCUUAUCCUGACGUAGAAUCCAUUACUAAAGCUAUUGAGCCUUACCAAAAGCUGUUUACAACAACUGUGAAAUGGCAAAGAGCUGAGAAAAAAUGGAUGGAUGGAGCUUUUCUUGAGUUAAAUGCUGAAGCCACAGAAGCAGAGGUAGAGGAAUAUGGUCGUGAGAUGUACAAAAUUACAAAAGUGUUCCAAGCAAUGAAGAAAGAGGCAGAGAAAGAAAAGAAAGGUAACAGAAGAGUUAAGGAUUCCAAAGAGAAAGAGGAGCCAGGAUCAGAAAUAGCUGCUUUAGUGGUUUCUCAUGCAGUACAGCAACAGAUCAGGGAAUUUAAGGAUCACAUUCCUGUUAUAAGUGUUAUGUGUAACCCUGGAAUUCGUUCUCGGCACUGGAAGGCCAUGUCAGACAUCAUUGGAUUUGACAUCACUCCAGACUCUGGAAGCACAUUACGUAAGGUCCUCAAGUUCAAUUUAAGGCCAUUCAUGGAUGAGUUUGAGGGCAUCAGUGUAGGGGCUAGCAAGGAAUUUUCAUUGGAGAAAGCCAUGCAGAAGAUGGUAGAUGAAUGGGACAGUGUUAUGUUUAAUACCACUGAAUAUCGAGACACUGGUGUGUCUAUCCUGGCUGCUGUUGAUGAAAUACAAACCACUCUUGAUGAUCAAAUUGUCAAGACCCAGACCAUGAGAGGAUCUCCAUUCAUAAAACCAUUUGAGGCAGAAAUAAAGUCGUGGGAAGAACGCCUGUUGAAGAUGCAGGAAAUAAUUGAUGAGUGGCUUAAAGUUCAAGCACAGUGGCUUUACUUGGAGCCUAUCUUCAGUUCCGAGGAUAUAAUGCAGCAGAUGCCAGAGGAAGGACGCAAGUUUAAGACUGUUGACAGGAACUGGAGAGACAUUAUGAAUUAUGUGUGCAAAGAUCCUAAGGUGCUUUCAGCUACAUCAAUGCCAAGUAUGUAUGAAAGAUUAAAAGACAGCAAUGACUUGCUUGACCAGAUCAACAAAGGACUAAAUGCCUAUUUAGAAAAGAAGAGAAUUUUCUUCUCCAGAUUUUUCUUUUUGUCAAAUGAUGAGAUGCUUGAGAUUUUGUCAGAAACAAAGGAUCCUUACAGAGUUCAGCCACAUCUAAAGAAAUGCUUUGAAGGAAUUGCAAAGUUAGAGUUUACUUCUGCCUUGGAUAUUACACACAUGUACAGCAGUGAAGGAGAAAAGGUUCCUCUCAGUGAUACGAUAUCCACAUCAGAAGCACGAGGUGCAGUGGAAAAAUGGUUGCUUCAGGUUCAGGAUAUCAUGCUUAUCAGCAUCCAUGACAUCAUUGAACGAGCUGUCCAGGCAUAUGCAACAGAUGACAGGAAAGUGUGGGUGUUGAAUUGGCCUGGACAGAUUGUUAUCUGUGUGAGCCAGAUAUAUUGGACUCAAGAGGUGCAUGAAGCUAUUCGCUCUGGACCUCAUGGACUGAAAGAAUACCAUGAGAAGCUCACCCAACAACUUUCAGACAUUGUGGUCCUUGUUCGUGGUAAGCUGUCAAAGCAGAACAGGACCACCCUCGGAGCUCUUGUGGUAAUUGAUGUUCAUGCAAGAGAUGUGGUACAUGAUAUGGUAGAGAAAGGUGUCUCUCAGGAAAAUGACUUUCAGUGGUUGUGCCAGAUGCGUUAUUACUGGGAACAGGACAAUUGUUUGGUGAGAAUCAUCAAUGCAACUGUGCGCUAUGGAUAUGAGUACCUGGGCAACUCUGGCAGGCUUGUUAUUACACCACUGACAGACCGUUGUUACCGCACACUUGUCAGUGCUUUUCACCUGAACCUUGGAGGAGCACCAGAAGGUCCAGCUGGUACUGGCAAGACAGAGACCACCAAGGACUUAGCAAAGGCCCUUGCAAUACAGUGUGUGGUGUUCAACUGCUCUGAUGGUUUGGACUACUUACAAAUGGGCAAAUUUUUUAAAGGGUUGGCAUCCUGUGGUGCAUGGGCGUGUUUUGACGAAUUUAAUCGCAUUGAGUUGGAAGUUCUGUCUGUGGUAGCUCAACAGAUUUUGUGCAUCCAGCGUGGUAUAGCAGCUCAUCAGGACAAGUUUGUGUUUGAAGGAACAGAACUGAACCUUAACUCAAACUGUUUUGUGGCAAUCACCAUGAAUCCUGGUUAUGCAGGGAGAUCAGAACUGCCUGACAAUCUCAAGGUGCUGUUUCGUACUGUAGCCAUGAUGGUACCAGACUAUGCAUUGAUUGGGGAAAUCAUGUUGUACUCCUAUGGAUUUGUAGAUGCUCGCAAUCUGUCAGUUAAAAUAGUUACUACCUACAAACUGUGCUCAGAGCAGCUCUCUUCCCAGUUCCACUAUGACUAUGGUAUGCGAGCUGUGAAGGCUGUCUUGGCAGCAGCUGGCAACCUGAAACUCAAGUAUCCAUCAGAUGAUGAAAAUGUCCUGUUACUGCGUUCGAUAAUGGAUGUCAAUCUACCCAAGUUUCUCUCUCAUGACAUUCCAUUAUUCGAAGGGAUCAUUUCUGACCUUUUUCCUGGGGUAUCUCUCCCUAAAGCUGAUUAUGGCACCUUCCUUGACACUGCAAAAGAGAUAUGUGACAAGAAAAAUCUUCAAAUGGUGAAUUUCUUCAGUGAAAAGAUUAUCCAAACUUAUGAAAUGAUGAUUGUUCGUCAUGGUUUCAUGAUGGUGGGGGAUCCAUUUUCUGGGAAGACACAAGUAUUACAAGUACUGGCUGAGACAUUAAAUGUACUCACAGAUAGAGGUUAUGAUGAUGAAAAUGUUAACAAGGUCUGGUUUCGUGUAAUAAACCCUAAAGCUAUCACUAUGGGACAAUUAUUUGGUCAGUUUGACCCAGUUUCGCAUGAGUGGACAGAUGGUAUUGUUGCAAACACUUUCCGUGAAUAUGCAGCAGAUCAAACUGAUGUAAAGAAAUGGGUUAUUUUUGAUGGACCCAUUGACACCUUAUGGAUUGAGAGCAUGAACACUGUUCUAGAUGACAACAAGAAGCUGUGUUUGAUGAGUGGAGAGAUAAUACAGUUGUCAAAUGUCAUGAGCUUGAUUUUUGAAUGCAGGGAUUUAUCACAGGCCUCUCCUGCCACUGUAAGCCGCUGUGGUAUGAUCUACCUGGAGCCAGCCUCUUUAGGCUGGGAACCUUUGCUACAAUCCUGGUGUAACACAUUGCCUGAGGUCCUCAACAAUGAAAACAGAAAACUUAUUUUGGCUCUCUUCCUAUGGGCUUUGCCAGCUUGCAUCAGUUUUGUUCGCAAGAAUUGCAAGGAACCUGUUUCCAUGCAAGACAGUAACCUAGCUCACUCUCUGAUGAACCUGGUGGAGAUUCUAAUGAAGGAUAUCCCAGAGGAGGAUAACAAAUAUGCAAAAUCUUGGUUGAUUUCCUCUUUCUUGUUUUCCAUGGUUUGGUCAGUUGGGGCUUGUGUCGAUACAGAUAGUAGAGCAAAAUUCGAUGUAUACUUGAAAGACCUGAUGGCAGGCAAAAAUGAAGAAUGUCCUAUCCCUUCCAUAGUGGGCAAGAUUGAAUCACCAAUUCCAAAUGAAGGAUUAGUUUAUGACUACUUGUUUGAGAGAAAGGGUCGAGGGAACUGGAUUCCAUGGACAAAAACCAUCAAGGAAGGUGUUGCAGGUGGGAAGGGGCAGCAGAUAAGUGAUAUUAUUGUUCCCACCAUGGACACAGCACGCUAUUCAUACCUAAUGGAGAUCAUGUUUAACAAUAACAAACCACUGCUUCUUGUUGGCCCCACUGGAACUGGAAAAUCAGUUUAUAUCAAGGACAAACUCAUGAAUGGUAUCAACAGGGAUGUGUUUAUUCCUGCUUUUGUAAAUUUCUCAGCCCAGACAAGUGCUAAUCAAACUCAGGAUAUUAUCAUGUCAAAAUUGGACAAGAGGCGAAAGGGAGUAUUUGGACCACCAGUUGGAAAAAGAUUCAUUAUUUUUGUUGAUGAUGUAAAUAUGCCUGCUCUGGAAAAGUAUGGUGCCCAGCCUCCAAUAGAACUUCUUCGUCAGUAUUUGGACCACGGGAAUUGGUAUGACAGGAAGGACACAUCUAAAUUGACUUUGAUUGACCUUCAGUUUGUGUGUGCAAUGGGUCCUCCUGGUGGUGGUAGAAACCCUGUCACUCCUCGUUUCCUGCGACACUUCAAUGUAGUAUCAGUUGCCACAUUUGGUGAUGACACAAUGCAGAGGAUCUUCUCCACUAUUGUCAACUUUUACUUCAGGAACAAUGAAUUUCCCAAUGAUGUCUAUGCUAUGGGAACUAUGAUAGUUGGGGCCACAAUGGAGGUGUACAAACAAGCUAUGGUGAAUCUUUUGCCUACUCCAGCCAAGUCACACUACACAUUCAACUUAAGAGACUUCUCUAGGGUCAUCCGUGGGGUUCUUCUUAUCAAAAAAGAUGCCCUAGCAGAUAAGAAGACAUUAAGCAGAUUGUGGGUCCACGAGGUGUACCGUGUGUUCUAUGACCGUCUGGUUGAUGAUAAUGAUAGGGCUUGGUUACACAGUUUGCUCAAAACAGUUACCAAGGAACAUUUGAAGGAUGAUUUUGACUCAUUAUUUAAACACUUGUCAUCUGAUCAGAAAACGGCAUCUGAAGACGACUUGAGAAGCUUGAUGUUCUGUGAUUUUCUCGAUCCUGAUGUGAUAGGUGAGGAUCGUAUGUAUCAAGAGGUGAACUCCAUUGACGAACUUUAUAAGAUUGUGGAGCAGUGUCUUGAGGAGUACAACCAGACACACAAGACACAGAUGAACUUGGUCAUCUUCAGAUAUGUACUGGAGCACUUGGUGCGCAUCAGUCGUAUCUUGAAACAGCCAGGAGGAAAUGCUCUACUUGUCGGAGUUGGAGGUAGUGGAAGACAGUCUCUGUCCCGUUUGGCAGCAGCCAUUUCUGACUUUUACGUCUUUCAACCAGAGAUCUCAAAAAGCUAUGGUCUUCCUGAAUGGCGCGAAGACAUCAAGACGCUGCUUAAAAGUGCAGGAUGUCAAAUGAAGCCAACAGUGUUUUUGUUGACAGACACUCAAAUAAAGGAAGAGUCUUUCUUGGAGGAUGUGGACAGCUUACUUAACACUGGUGAAGUUCCAAAUUUGUUUGCAGUUGAUGAGAAAGCUGAGAUCAAUGAGAGUGUUCGCCCAGCAGCCCAAGCCAAAGCUGACGAUAAGAAUGCUGAAUUUUCGCCCUUGGCAUUGUUCAAUUUCUUUGUGAAUUGUUGUAAAGGAAACCUUCACAUUUUGCUAUGCAUGAGUCCUAUUGGUGAUGCAUUCAGAAACCGGCUCAGGCAGUUCCCAGCUCUGAUCAAUUGCUGCACUAUUGACUGGUUUCAGCCAUGGCCUGAAGAUGCUUUGGAAAUGGUAGCUAAUAAGUUCCUUCAAGAUGUGGAAAUGACCGAUAAUGAACGUAAAGAAGUUGUUCCAAUCUGCCAGUAUUUCCAUACAAGUGCUCGACAUUUGUCUGAAAGGUAUCUUGAUAAACUUGGCCGGCAUAACUACGUGACACCCACCUCAUAUCUGGAGUUGAUCUCUUCACUAAAAACUCUCUUGGGAAAGAAGCAAGAUGAGGUCAUGCGAAACAAACACCGCUAUGAAGUUGGUCUAGAAAAACUGGCUUUUGCAGCAUCCCAGGUGGCAGACAUGCAGAAAGAGCUGGAGGAAUUACAGCCCCAGCUUGUUGAGACAGCCAAAGAAAACAGUAAAAUGAUGAUAGUAAUUGAAAAAGAAUCAGCUGAGGUUGAGGCUCGUAGUGAACUUGUGAGGAAAGAUGAAGCAGUUGCGAAUCAGAAGGCAUCAGAGUCACAGGCCUUGAAAGAAGAGUGUGAGAGUGACCUCGCGGAAGCUAUCCCUGCCUUGGAGGCGGCCUUAGCCGCUCUAAAUACUCUCAAGCCAGCAGACAUAACAAUCGUGAAGUCCAUGGCCAAUCCUCCUGCUGGAGUCAAGCUUGUCAUGUCAGCAGUCUGUGUCAUGCGUGAUAUCAAACCUGAGAAAAUUAAUGAUCCGGCAGGAACUGGAAAGAAGAUUCUUGACUAUUGGGGCCCAUCAAAGAAGUUGUUAGGAGACAUGAACUUUCUUAACAAUCUUAAAGAAUAUGAUAAAGAUAACAUUGCUGUGCACAUCAUGAGUAAGAUCAGAAAAGAGUACAUUCCUAACCCAGACUUCGAUCCACAAAAAGUGCGCACAGCCUCUUCCGCGGCAGAAGGGUUAUGUAAGUGGGUUCAAGCUAUGGAAAUAUAUGACAGAGUUGCUAAGGUUGUGGCGCCUAAGAAAGCUAAUCUAGCCGAAGCAGAAGCAUCCCUUGCAGAAACUAUGAAAAUUUUGAAUGCUAAACGUGAAGAACUGGCUGAAGUGGAAGCUAAACUAGCCAAUUUGAAGCUUACAUUUGCAGAGAUGACAGACAAGAAACAACAACUGGAGUUUCAGGUCGAUUUGUGUGGUAAGAAACUAGAAAGAGCAGAAAAGCUUAUUGGUGGACUCGGUGGUGAGAAAGAUCGCUGGUCAGCAGCUGCAGCUUCUCUUCAGGAUGUGUAUGAUAAUCUGACAGGAGAUGUCCUCAUCUCCUCGGGAGUCAUAGCUUACUUAGGAGCCUUUACAGCUGGCUUCAGAAAAGAGUGCACUCAAGAGUGGACCAAGAUUUGUAAGUCCAAGAACAUACCUUGUUCAGAUGACUUUUCGCUCAGUAAAACAUUGGGUCAGGCCAUUAAAAUCAGGGCAUGGAAUAUAGCAGGUCUACCGACAGAUUCUUUCUCCAUUGAUAACGGAGUCAUUGUGGAUAACACAAGGAGAUGGCCGUUGAUGAUUGACCCACAAGGGCAAGCAAACAAAUGGAUCAAAAACUCUGAGAAAGAUAACCAACUUUCAGUGAUCAAAUUAACUGAUGCUGACUACAUUCGUACUCUUGAGAACAGCAUCCAGUUUGGAAACCCCGUUCUCCUUGAGAAUGUAGGCGAGGAACUCGACCCAUCUCUAGAACCUCUGCUGCUAAAGCAGACGUUUAAACAAGGUGGUGUAAAGUGCUUACGUUUGGGUGAAAGCGUGAUUGAGUAUUCCGAUGACUUUCGGUUCUAUGUCACAACCAAGCUGCGGAAUCCUCACUAUUUACCUGAACUAUCCACGAAGGUCACAUUGCUUAACUUCAUGAUCACUCCUGAGGGCCUGGAAGACCAACUGUUGGGAAUUGUUGUCGCCAAAGAAAGACCUGACCUUGAAGAGGAAAGACAGGCAUUAAUACUGCAGAGUGCUGCAAACAAAAAACAGCUCAAGGAGAUUGAAGACAAGAUUCUAGAAACACUUUCCUCUUCUGAAGGAAACAUCUUGGAGGACGAGACAGCCAUUCAGAUAUUAGACUCAUCUAAGGUACUCUCUGAUGAGAUUUCAAAGAAGCAGAAGAUUGCAGAGGAGACCGAAACUAAGAUCAACGAGUCACGACGUGGAUACAACCCAAUAGCAGCACAUGCAUCAGUUCUGUUCUUUUCCAUAACUGAUCUACCAAAUAUUGAUCCCAUGUACCAGUCUUCGCUUACCUGGUUUGUUAAUCUCUUCCUUAACUCCAUACAUGACAGCAACAAAUCGAAGAUCCUAGAGCGUCGAUUGCGUUACCUGAGUGAUCACUUUACCUACAAUCUGUACUGCAACGUGUGUCGAUCACUAUUUGAAAAAGACAAACUUCUUUUCUCUUUUGUGUUGUGCUGCAACAUUCUGAACUCAAAGAAUGAGAUGGACAUGGAAGAAUUCAUGUUUUUCUUGACUGGUGGGGUAGGCCUGGAAAACAAGCUGGAAAACCCAGAUCCUUCUUGGUUGUCAGAUAAAGCGUGGGAUGAACUCUGUCGAAUGUGUGACUUGCGUGGCUUCAAGGAUUUCAGAAAAAGUUUUGUUGGUAAUACGCACGAGUGGCGCAAGAUUUAUGACAGCAAAGAACCUCACCGGGCUCCUUUUCCCGCUCCAUGGUCUGAACAACUGACUGACUUCCAGAAAAUGAUGGUCAUUAGGUGCCUCCGGCCUGACAAGGUUGUGCCACUUGUAACGAACUUCGUGGAAGACAAGCUUGGGAGUAAGUUUGUUCAGCCCCCACCGUUUGACUUGGCUAAGAGCUACGUUGAUUCCAAUUCAUGUGCCCCACUUAUUUUUGUAUUAUCUCCUGGAGCUGAUCCUAUGGCAGGCCUAAUGAAGUUUGCAGCAGAUAAAGGUUUCAGUGGGGACAGAUUUAAUGCGAUUUCCCUCGGACAAGGACAGGGGCCUGUUGCCGCUCGUCUCAUAGAGAAUGCCGUUAAGGAUGGAACCUGGGUUGUAUUACAAAACUGUCAUUUAGCAGUGUCGUGGAUGACUUCACUUGAGAAGAUUUGCGAAGACUUGUCUCCAGAGAAUACUCAUCAGGACUUCAGGUUGUGGCUAACAAGUUAUCCCUCUGAUAAGUUUCCAGUUACUGUACUUCAAAAUGGUGUAAAGAUGACAAAUGAGCCCCCAACAGGAUUGCGCCAGAAUCUCUUGCAGUCCUAUCUGAGUGACCCAAUAUCUGAUCAAGAGUUCUUCAGUGGUUGUGGGGCUAAAUCUGCGGUCUGGGAGAAGCUUUUGUUUGGUUUGUGUUUCUUCCACGCUUUGGUACAAGAGAGGCGAAAGUUUGGUCCCUUGGGCUGGAACAUACCGUAUGGUUUCAACGAGUCCGACUUAAGAAUCAGCGUUAGACAAUUACAGAUGUUUAUCAAUGAGUACGAAGAGAUUCCGUUUGACGCCAUCACUUAUCUGACUGGGGAAUGUAACUAUGGAGGCAGAGUUACUGAUGACAACGACAGACGGUGCCUUAUGAGUAUCUUGGCAGACUUUUACACUUCGGAGAUUGUACAAGAUCCUAAGUACAAAUUCUCACAAAGUGGCACUUACUACGCUCCUCCAAAAAGUUCAUACGAUCAGUAUGUAGAGUUUAUCAAGGAACUUCCCUUAUCCCAGACCCCCGAGGUCUUUGGGAUGCACGACAAUGUGGACAUUUCCAAGGAGCUGCAGGAAACUAAACAGCUGUUUGACUCUGUAUUGCUGACUCAGUCACAAAGCGGCGAAGGAGGAGCUGGCAAAAAGUCUGAUGACGUAUUGUUAGAGAUUGCUAAGGACAUCUUGUCCAAGCUUCCAAAGGAUUAUGACCUGGAGGUGGCUCUUCAAAAAUAUCCAGUCACAUACGAAGAGAGUAUGAACACUGUUCUGGUUCAAGAGAUGGAGCGAUUUAACAAAUUGAUGUCAAUAAUCAGAACAAGUUUGCAAAAUCUGCAGAAGGCUAUAAAAGGCUUGGUUGUCAUGUCAUCAGAUCUGGAGGCAUUGGCGAGCAGCUUGCUAGUUGGAAAAGUACCUGAGAUGUGGAUGAAGAGAUCAUAUCCCUCUCUUAAACCUCUCGGGAGUUACAUCAAUGACUUUCUAGCCAGACUCAAGUUUUUACAGGACUGGUUCGACAAAGGGAAACCAGUUGUGUUCUGGAUAUCCGGGUUCUUCUUUACACAGGCUUUCUUGACAGGUGCAAAGCAGAAUUAUGCAAGGAAGUACACUAUACCGAUUGACUUGCUGGGCUUUGAGUUUGAAGUUCUUUCUGGAGACACUGCAGAAAAGCCACCCAGUGAUGGAGUUUAUGUACACGGUCUAUUUUUGGAGGGCGCUCGGUGGGAUCGAAAGAGAGGUUUGAUCGGUGAGUCAUUGCCAAAGAUUCUCCAUGACACGAUACCAGUUAUAUGGGUGAAACCAGGGAAAAUUGCAGAUUUUAAAGACAGGCAAGAAUACAAGUGUCCAGUGUAUAAGACAAGUGAAAGACGAGGAACUCUAUCAACGACGGGCCACUCAACCAAUUAUGUGAUGCCAGUGAUGUUACCUACUGACAAACCUCAGAAUCACUGGAUCAAGAGAGGUGUUGCACUGCUUUGCCAACUCGAUGAUUAA